AGCUGAAUACAACCAUCCCAAAAACAAAUUGAAUAUUGGACACAAAUAGAUCGAAAAUAAAUGUUUCUUGAUCAUGAACCAGUUGUUUUUUUUAAGAACCAUCAUGAACCAGUUGUAAAAUUGACUAUUCAUAGUUGACGUAUUAACAUAUAUGUAGAAAUAUUUCACAAUACAAAACAAUGGUUACCUUAGAAACUGGUAUUCCUGUUUAUUGAUCAAAUUUGAAACUUUAAUUUUUGCUCCAAAUCUCAUAACAUGUCAGAGUGCAGAGGGAAUGCUUUGACGCCAACAUCAGUACCCCAUGAUUCAAGGCACCGUCCUAUGUUUGGUGGUCAAAACCAACCCAGCCCCUGCAUCCACAAUUACAAAAUAACACCACUGAUGCAGUCAGUUCCUAAGUAAGUCAGUAAAUCAUACAAAUAAAUAAAUACUACAAAAGAAAAGUGGUGAUUACAAAAGACAGCAUCUCUUGUUUGUGAGGAAAUCACACUUUCAUUAUGGUCCUGAACGUCUUUUACUUUUUUAAAUCUGGAACUUUGCUUUCAACCUCAUUUGGGAUAACAUAAAUCAUAAUUGAUGCUCAGCAUCAACAAACACCCAUGCAAGAAAAGUUGCAAUUGUAUUACAGCAAACAGGAUGCAAAAAGGGGACACCAGUCAUUUGGUUGUGAUGUGAUGGAUCAGUCCUUGCCAAGAGCUGCAAAUACCAUACACCAGUUAUUUCCAUGGAAAACUAACAUAUUGUGGCAUAAUCAGUUCAAAGUGCCUAAUAAUAUCAAAUGCAAGGAUUCGGAAAAGAACUCAGAUGUGAAUAAAAGAACUCGGCACAAACAACAUGCGAAUGGAGAAGAAAAUAAACUGAGCGAUAUCAACAAAAUACUCGAAUACAGAAUUGUUUGGUUAUUUAAAAGAAGGUAAUCCUUCCAAGUUAUGCAGAAUGAAUAUGCCGGCAAAGUUAACAGUUACUAACCUACAUCUGAAAGAGAUGCUACAUGAUGCAUACCGAAUUACAUUUCAACGACUGAAUGAUGUUAACCAUUAAAAGGAUUUAGACAGGCAACACAGUUUCAAUCAACAACAACAACACAUUUUCAAUGAUUAAACCAAAUAUAUUUAGAAAGUAUGUACAAAAAAAAUAAAUUUGAAUUAGCGAAGGAAGAGAUAUGGAAUAAAAUAAAUCAUUUAGCUUUGAACAAUAAUGGAAGAUACUCCUACUGCUAAGAAGGAAAUAUCUUUGCAGACUCGUGCUUGUAUAGAGCUUGUUCUGCAAAAGAACACAAUGAUAUUAUCCUCAGCAAAUCAGCAAAUGCAUGGUGGUUGCCUAACGGCAGCAGCCCAAGAAUAAAUUGAGAAGUAUUCUUAACACCUCCAUUGUUAGACAUGCACACUAUUUGUUAAACAUGCUUAACACCUGGAGAGUAAAGAGGGUUUUUUCUAUUAUUUUUUUUGGGUGCACAUUUGAAGAUACUGGCAACUUAUGCAGUUCUGCUUCUGCUGUGAUAUAUUCAGAUUUGCAUGGUAGAUAACAAUUGUCGUCUGAAAUAUCUCCCAUCCCCUAAAAGCUCGCCUAUACUAAUGGCCAUUAUAUUCAUUUUUUCAGUGGUUAUGAUGUUGUUCAACCAAUUUUCUACUGUAAACGAAGAACCAAAUCUACCAUCAUAAAUCAGUAAUCAGUAAGGAGGGCAAGUUAGGUGAACCAAAUCUACCAUCAUAAAUAAAUCAGUAAUCAGUAUGGUGAACCAAAUUUAAGUAAUCACUUGUCAUCGAAUCAGCAAGCUCGAACAAGGAACUGGGAAGGAGGGCAAAUGUUCCUACCUGGAGUCAUUUGGCGGCGACUGCGAGGGCGGAGGAGAGGCUGACGACGACCUGGAAGAAUUCGAAACCGGAACUGCCAGGUGGGGGACAAAUCGGCAAAUCAGGGGAAUGAGCGAAGCAAACGGCAAGAGGAAGACUCACCAAAAGGAACGGGCGACGGACGAGCAGCAACCGGGCGAAAUCUCUCUCUCGGUUGAGGGCGAGGGCGAGGGCGCAGGGCGGCGGGGAGGAAGGCGUUCAGCCGAGCAGAGUCAGCGGCGUGCGGCGUCGCGCCGUCGAGCGCUCGAGCCGGUCCGGGCACCGGGCGAAGGGGAGGGAGGUGUCCGGCGUCGAGGACGCGGGCGGCGCAGCGCGAACGGAAGGGAGGCGCCCUGCCCCGGCGGCGGCGGCACGCCCUCGUCGGGAACGGAGGGAAGAGAACGAAGCGAAGGGAAGGGAAGCGCCGGCGGUUCGAGCGCGUUGCCGUGAAGGAGGUGGAGGCGGCGCAAGUGUGCGCCGGCCGGAGGUAGUGGUGGUGGGGGGGAGUCGUGGUGGUUGUUGACGGGCGGGCAACGGACGUCGGAUACACCGGUUGGCAGAGACAACUUUCACAUCCCCCAGUUUAAGUAGCAGUAGAAGGAAGAACCGCCAUUGUUCCUGCGACAGCCCUCCUCUCCGCCUCGCGCCACCACACCACCGCCGCCGUCCGCCUCGCGCCGCCACCGCCGCUGCGCGGGCCGACUCCUCCACGCGGCCGUGUCGAUUCCUCGCCGCACCUCCUCCACGCCGCCGUCCGCCUCGCGCCGCCUCCAAGGCAAGACGGGCGCUCUUCUCUCCGCCGCGUGAGCACCUGCACCACAGUGGGACGUAUCUGCUUAUGUGAGAAGGUUUAGGUUGCUUAGGAGAAGAGAAGAACACCAGCCAAGAAGCUGAUCAACGCACCCUUGGGCACAAACCUAGUCUCUUUAGAUUCCUCGAUCUUGGUUUGGUGCUCCCCCAAGAAGAUGGAUCAAGCAACGACAUCGGUUUCCUCACCUCGCAAUGGCGAUGAAACGGAAUUGGAGCAACUUUCGUCUGAUCUACAGGCGCUCAAGAGGCUGUAUGGGCUGCUUCACAAGGGUCCCGCAAAUGAAAAUUUAGAUGAGGCAUCCAGGGCUCUGCUGAUGAAGAUGCUAGAUGAUGCUACCCAGCAGACUCUCCUGAAGCAGGCAAAGAUACUAUCGGGUUCUCUGAUGUCUCCUGCACUGGAGAAGCUCUCCAUCCGAUCAGAUCGCCAGACACGCGAUGCCGAGACACCCAUGAGCCUGAGGCCACCGGCAUCGCCCAGCCCCCCCAGCCUCCUGGCCGGUGAGCGACCCAGCCGGCUUAACCCGCAGUAUUCAACCGUGUCAAGCCGAGCCGGCGGCCACGUCCCUGGCGGUCCCCUUGCAGCGGAAGAGCCUGCCCUUGCCCGCCUCGCCUCCUACCGCUCGUCGAGGACUACUGCAUGUGCAUUGCCGCCACGACACCGUCCAAGUGGAAAGCAGCAGAAUUCCGGCCUCAGGCUCUACCGCUUGCCCGUAGCUGCGACGUCGCGACAGGGCACGGUGACGGGACGCAUUCAGAACACCGACCAACGGGACACGUCCUGUCGCACCUCCAGGCGUGAUAACCAAACGUCGCUUGAGGCCAGCAGCAGCCAUGGCUCGGAGCGAGCCGGACCCGGCGUGGCUGCGACGUUGCGACAUGGCACAUUGACUGGAGAUAUGAUGCGUCGCACCUUUGACUGUGGUGACCAGUUAUCGCCGGAGGGCAACCGCAGCCGUCGCUCUGUUUCGCCGGAGAUGUCUCUGGGUCGGGCAGGGCUGCGCGACCGCAGCACGGUUCUGCUCGUUGUGGAAGGUUUCUCCUCGGUGCGUCGUUUGGGAAGACUGGACUCCAGGCUAUCCCUGGGGAUGGUGUCGCGCCGUGGCUCAGAACGAGCCAGACGUGGCGUGGCAGCGACGUUGCAGCAUGGCAUGGUGAUCGGAAGCAAUCUACAAGCCGAGCAACAUGACAGGACGCACCACACUUCCGGCCGUGAUGACCAGUCGUCAAUGGAGGGUAGCAGUAGCCAUCGCUCCGUGUCGCGGGAGACGUCUCUUGGUCGGAAACGACUACAAGGCUGCAGCACAGGUCGGCGCGUGGGAGCCGAGAGCUCCUCCUCCACGCGUCCUCUCGGAAGACUGGACUCCAGGCUGUCCCUGGGCAUGGUGUCGCGCCAUGGCUCGGAGCGAGUUGGACGCGGCAUGGCUGCAACGUCGCAGCAUGGCACGGUGAUUGGAAGCAAUCCGCAAGCCGAGCAACGGGACAGGACGUGUUGCACCUCCGGUCGUGGUGACCAGUCGUCGCUGGAGGGCAGCAACAGGCGCUGCUCGGUGUUGCGGGAGAUGUCUCUGGGUCAGAAACAGCUGCAAGGCUGCGGCACAGGUCGGCGCAUGGGAGCGGAGAGCUCCUCCUCGACGCGUCGAUUGGGAAGACUGGACUCCAGGCUGUCCCUGGGCACGGUGUUGCGCCGUGGCUCGGAGCGAGCCGGGCGUGGCGUGGCUACGCCGGAACAAUCUUCCUCGAGUAACACGAUGGUCACCAUACACAGUCGCAUCAGGCGGAAUCGGGACCCCAAGGAGCACCGCCUGCGCCGAGCUGAAGAUGAUGAUGAAGAGAGUACUCCUUGGCGACGGAGCACGGACGCCUCCGCUUCCAGCGCGAGCUUGUCAAGUUGCAAACCACGGCGAACACCGAAACGCGUCGACUCCGGCAGCAUGUACAUCAGCAGCCACAACAGUAACAGCUCAUCAGGCGUCGCCAUCUCGUACCAUUCCACGAGCCCUACGGUGUUGCCGGAGUCGAGCGCUUCUGCUUCUUACUCACCUCCGCCAGUGUCGCGGCCGGGUAUUGCACCGCCUCUGUCGUGGCGGGGUAUUGCCCCGCCGAUGCCGUGGCGAGGGAUCGCGCCGCCGGCGCCGUGGCGAGGGAUCGCGCCGCCGAUGUAUGCGCCUCAGGUGACGAGAUCGAUGAGGAGGCGCCGCCGCCAGGAAGUCCUGGCAAAGCGGGUGGAGCGGCUACGGAUGCUUAAGAACAAGAUCGCCACGGUGUUCCACCACCACCACCACUACGGGCACGACCAGGAGGGCCCGUCAUGCCGCCGCAUUCCCGGCGAACAACACCACAUGUCGCCAUGGAAGUAUCUCGGGGGAAUGCUCCACCGCGCGAAAGGCCAGGAUAAGAAGUCCACAAGCUGGGCGGUGGUGAGCACGCCGGGAAAGAGGCCCGGCGGCGGGAACAUGCACGCAUUAUUCGUCGCGUUGCGACAGCACUUGCGGGCCAAGCGGAAGGCACCGGCAAGCGUCAAUAUGUGGAGGAAGAUUGCCAACCGGAGCCGAGUGCAGGCUAAGAAGAUGCAUUGGUGGCAGCAGCUCAAGCCACGGCGUGGCAAGGGAGGGGUGCUGGCAGGCAGUAAACUAAGGUGCCGUAUAGGACGUUGAAUGACAGUGUAGCUCUAGGGUUUAUUUUCCAGUUGCCAUUAUGCAGGCACUACCCGUGCUGUUCGGGUGCCCAUUUUCGUGAUCUUGGAUUAAGCUCAUGUACCACAUGUCCAUAUAUGUUCAGCUUAAUCAACUAAUCACAGCAAUAUUCGGUCUUCAUUUUAACCGAACAACAAAAACCAAAAGUAGCUUGUGAGUGUGUCAUUGUUAGCGUGGGAGAAGGUUCAAACAAAACCUUUCAGAAAAAAAAUCAACAAUAUUAGGUUGCAAAAUGAAGCAAGCACAAGAAUGACGGCCUUUGCCAUUAUUCUUCUCUUUUACCCCAUUUCCUGACAAACUAUUUCUAUUGCCUCUGCAUUCGAUCCGUUUUGGUUUGAUUUUCAAAAGAUGGAUCAAGCAAACUACACCGAUGCCCUUGUCUUUCUGAUGAACGGCUCUUCAGAUUUCACCUUCUUUGCAGUUUCUUGCCUUUUUUUCCUUUGGAGGAAGGGAGAGAUCUUUAACGGAAGAUUUUGCUGCAUCUAUCAUGAUAUUUCCAUAUGCCAUACAUUUCUGUAACUAGUUUUAGGCAAACAUGUGACAUGGGAUGUUGUGGACAUGAACAGGCCUUAAGCCGCUAAAGGAUGAAGGUUAGUAGAUCACUGUUUAACAAAAAGAGAGUUGAUUGCCUGUAUACGUUCUAAGUUUUUGUGCACUGAAGUAUAACUUGUUUAUUCCCAUCAGCUCCAAAAGAUCUCUCACAAAUCUGCUUUUGUGCCUAAAUUGUUGGAACGUAUACUUGUUCAAGUCUUCGCUGCGCUACUCCAGGAGAUCGUGUCUAUCUACCCUUCACUUUCACCUCCAACACUAUCACCUGGUGGCUGGUGCAUCAAACCGAGUUUGCAAUGCUCUUGCACUUCUGCAGGUUGAUGAUACUGAAGUCAUUAGUUUUUUUGCUGCAAACUGAAAUAAUUCCUCUGUGCUUACGAACCAUGGAGAUGGGCAGUGAGCUGUCAAAAACUGUAUGUAGCUACCCAACUCAUAUUUUUGCACAGGACAAGGUCCAGCCCAUUUUUUUUUCCACAGGGGUACCGAGCAAUUUAAUUGCCCCAGUAAACAUUCAUAUACUAAUAUGCCUUUUUUUAAGGAGCGUGUUUGGGACAUAUGAAGUGAAAAAGACAGGAACCAUAUAUCACGUUCAUGUUCAUUACAAUAUCAUGACACUUUGAUUCAUCUUGCUUCGAAAAGAUUGUAGUAAUCCUCCCACCUGGAUUUUAACCUUUUCAGUUUUGAACCUGGAUAUCAUGUUUAUUAAAAUGUUUUGGACUGCAUUUUCUUCUAUUUGUUAGUGUCAGCCUCAUCAUCAUUCUAGAUUUAUGAUCAUGUAAAAAAAACUAGUUUAUGUAAAAUCUGUACUCAGCUCAUAUCCAUUUUAAAAAAAUAAAUUAAUCAAACAGUUACUACUCAAUGCAACAGAAACGGCACCACUCCUCAUGCAUCCAUCCGCGUGGCGUGGGCCGGCCGCGUCUUUUUUAUUUUUAUAUUUUUCAAAAAUAUUUUUUACAGAAAUAUAUUUUCAAUUUUACAAUUUACAGUUUUAUACCUCUGCUGCCCGGCAGGGGGCGACAGGGACUUAUAUGUAAAUAAAAAUAAUUUUUAUUUGCGCGGAGGCCCUUGGCGGGAGCCUGCCGCCCCCCUGCCGGGCGGCAGGCUCCCCCGCACUGUAUAAAAGGCUUCUCCCCCCCUCCCCCUCAUUUGCUUCCCACGACAUCCAGAGAGGGGGAGGGAGAGAGGAGGGGUGAGGGAGGGAGUUGUAACGGCGAAGCCUUGCCGGAUUUUGGAUCCGAACCGCAGGUAUGGCCGAAGAUACGCCAGCUUUACUUGACGGAUUCAUAGACUCGUCGCACCGGUCCUUCCUUUUAGUGGUUCAGCGCGUGAAACUUAACGUGCUGCGUCCACGUCCACCAGCGGAGUUUAUUCCUGUUGACCCACGAUGGGUGCCCAGGAUUCAUAUCUGUUGUUGACAGGCCCAUCUCGUGCAGUUGUAUUUAUUGAUCCAGUAGCAUUUGAAGUUCAACUAAAAGUGAAGGGACAAACCGAGUGUGAGGAUAAAAUUUUGUGCUUAGAAGUAUUUCAAUACUCCACAGUUUAUUCCUUUGCCUGGGGCCCUUUCAUGAUUCGGAAAUGUUUCUAUAGCAAGCGUUGCACUCUUGAGGUCAAAUUUGCACCACUUUCAGUAUUUCAAAUGUUGUUGUAAAAGAUAUGGCUCUAUUCACACCUCUCAAGGCCAGCUUUAGCCACGGUACAUGUGAUCUUGGCUUCUGUAAGGUGGAAAUUACUGUUGCCUGGUCUCUUCUUGCAACUUUGGCGGACAUGCACUCUCUAUCCAUUUUUAGAUCUGGCUCAUGAUACUUCUCCAAAUGUAUCUUUAAUAUAUUUGGCUUGAUAUGUUCCAGCUGGUGAUGUUCUCUCGGCAA